AUGCCAACACUCACCGACCAUCGUCGUGAGGCUCCCCAUGGCCGAAAGGGCUUCCUUCCCAAGCCCCCCAAGACCGAUGAAGACCUCAUCCGGCGUGUCCGGCGCGCCAUGCACAAGUGGACGCCCCACGAGGUCGGGCCGCAGCAGACAGCCCACGGCCGGCGGAGAGGGGCGCGGGUGCAGCAGAAAGAACCGUCCUACAUGCCCGACCUGGCCCUUACCGGCAGCCCCACAAAGAAAACCAUCCCAUCUGCCACUCAGAAGACGACGUUCGUCACGGAGCUGGAUGAGUGGGGCAAGACAAUGCUUGCUGACGGCGAGGAGCGCGCCAAUCCCUUCAGGCCGAGCCGGUCGCGGUAUGUGGAGUACUUCAGGGAGUCGGAGGGGCGGGUGGGAGGGCUGUACCAGAAGCUGGGAUGCCUCGCAGAGGCGUCUGCACAGAUACGCCACAGGGAGCAGUACAUUGAUCUGGAAGAAUACAGGGUCAACAGGAGGUGAGCAGGGGGCGCAAGGGUACGCAGAAAGGCUGAUUCAUGUGUGUGUGAGUGUGUACAGGCCGCGUGGCAAGAUGGAUGCUAUGGAGUUCCUCAACAGGCUGACAGACACUGAGUUCUUCCUCGAGGUGGUCAACGCCUUCUCAGGCUAUCAAAACUUCUUCGAGCAGGUGCGGGAAGGCAGAGCAGAGACAGCAAGAAUUCCCCUCGUCAUUCGCGUGACUGUUCUCAUGGUUCAGGUCGAUUUGGGUCGUGUGGUGCAAGUAUGCGAGUACUACACGCGGCUCAAGUCCUUCCUGCUCCGGGUCAUGCAGGUGCUGCACGACAUCACCGAGAACGGCUGGGUGUGGACGAUCCUCCCACCCACCAAGUUCGACUACAAGGCUCAGAAAAAGGCCACUCAGAUCCUGAUGAUGGUCCGCGGCCACAUGAAGAACGUCUUGAAAGACCUGAAGGGCUCGCUCGAAAUCAAGAGCGAGUCCUCGUCGUCAGAUGAAGGGGCCGCAGGAGAGAUCGAGAAGAAAGAAGACGACGAGGAGGACAUCGAUUCUCAUGUAGAAUUCCUUGCCCAGAUCCGCAAGAUCGAGGCACUAUGGAAACGGCUCCACUUCUCCAAGGCCACCAAGCUGGAGGCUGCGUGGGGUGCCGAGGAAGCGUCGAUCGGUUUGGGGCUCGCCCUGUCUUUCCUGAGGAUCUUCGUCAAGCGGUGCCUUGCCCUUGAGCCCGCAAUCCGCAGCUACUUCGAGCGGCUAAUCAGCACCGACAGCAUCUUCUCUCUCAAGCUGCUCGAGUCGAAGCACACUGCCGAGGAGGCUUUGCAGUCCCGCAAGUGCCAUUGGUCUAUGAUUAUGGGGCAGUUUGUCGAAUGCAUCAUGAAUGAGGUCAGCACAAAAAGCUGCGAAGGAUUCAACACACAUCAGCGAUAUGCUUCCGUCUGUGGCUGCUGGCUCCGCCUGCAGAUCCGGAAGGUACAGAUUCGUGAAAUGGUGCUGCAUCAGACGAAGCAGGGCUACAACAUGUCCAUGGCACGGGCGUCCCAGAUCCUGGAAGACGUCAUCGCCCCGCUCGAACUCGGCCUGGAAAUCCCCCUAACCGAUGUCUCACCGGCCGCUGAUGCUGCAAGGCAGGCGCAGCUACCGCAGGAGGAUGGCAAGACGCCGUCUGCCCCUGGUCCCUCGAGACAGGCAACGAACGUGAGCCUCAAGAGCCAAAGAAGCCAGAAAGGGACGGAGGAAGACGAGACGGUCGAGGUGAAGCCAGCUGAGUCGGAGACAGACGCUGCUGAGCGGGAGCUAGAAGCACUGCUGGACCAGGCAUCUGAAGAAGAGGAUCACGAGAGAGACGAAGAGUCAUGGGAAGAGAGCACCGAGGAGGAAACCACCGAAGCUGACGAUCAGACAAGUGAAGGUUAGUCACAGAUCACGAGGUUAGUGACAUAAUUCCUCUUGUGUCCACAAACAGCUCUCUCGAGACCGUCGAAGAAGCCAACGGUGACUUUCGCAGAAGCAGAGGAAAACCAAGCGGCUGACGCCACAACAGAAGACCAGCAAGAAGACGGCACGACGCCGCCCAGCCCUCAUGUCAGGGACAAGGCCAAGAAGAGGAGACGAAGGCGAAGGAAGCGACAGGCAGAAGAUUUUGUUGAAGGCUCCCCUCUCGACAGCUUUCCUCUCGACAGCUUUGAGCGUCUUGACACAGCAGACCAGACGCCGCCCAAGCUGAAUCUGCCGUUCGUGAGCGAGGAGGAAGAUGCCGCAAUGGUGGAGUCAAGGAUCGGCCAGCUCGAGCAGCAGUAUCGCCGACUAUUCCUCAUCCGGAGGCGGCUCAUGCGCAGGGGGGAAGAUGAGCAACAAAUCCUGGACAAGUCAGACGCCCAAAGAUCAAUGGCACCGAUGUCACGGGCUGCUCUGUUGCAGGUUGAAGAAGAGCCAUGCGACCACCCGAGAGCGGUUGCUGUCUUUCAUAUCCGUCAACCGGAAGAAGAUCGUGUACGUACUGGCAUCAAUACAUAUACAUCAACAUACAUGUAUACGAGACAGCGUCUCAUCUGUCUCUCCCUCUUGUGUUGCAGGCUGAUGCCGAGUCUCCAGCGGCGCGUGGAGCGGCUACGCAAUCUGACUCUCGAUGGCGUGCUUGCCUACAAGGAAGACCUCGAAGACAGCAAAGAGGCCGCGGGGGGAAAGGACGAGUAUGAUGACCCUGGACGGCUCACCGAGAAAGGCACAGGCAUCACGUGGGACGGUGUCGAUGAGAUCAAGGGCGAGAGCCGACUCAUGCACAUGGUCAGGAUCAUGAAGCGCACAUCAGCCAACCUCGUCAACGGCGCACGAGCGUACAAUGGCACGUUCCUCACACUGCGAGCAGCACAGGUUGGCUGACCGAGCAACCACAGACAAGCACAAGGCAACGUGAGUGAAUCACAUCCUUCUGCGUAUGACAGAAAGAAUUGAAGGAGCUGUUGCGUGUGGAGGUGGCGGGCGAAAUGACGCAGGCAGUGCAGAACCGCAUUGAGACGAUCCGCGAAUACAUGUGCAAGAGAGUGCGGUCCAUGCGACUAUACGGCCUCCCGUCCCUCUUCGCCUCAGCACGGAAGAGCCUGCAGGCCGCGCUAAGGCGCAUGUCAAUCGAGUCUGCAGGCGGCACCCCCUCUGCCAAGAGCAGGAGGGAACAAGAGCGGCUGCGAGCGAUGAAAGGCGAGGCUCUGAGGCGAAGAUAUCAGCUGCUGACGAGGUGAGCACAAGAGCACUUGGUCGAAGAAGGCCAGAAUCAUUGUGAGUCGCUCCUGUCAGAGCGAAGGAGCUAUUUCUGCGAGAGUUCGACAGGAUGGAGUGCGACAUAUCGUGGGAGGUCGACCCGACUGUGAGCGAUCGGCUGGCAUGUUUGGAGAGCCAGGUGGCUUCCUCAAUGAAGAUGCGCACUGCCCUGCUCGAGGCAAUGGGCGACUUGCGUGUCAAUCUGGCGAACGAGAAGAAACAGGCCAUCAAGUACGAGUACAGCAUCAACGACAAGAAGCAGCAGCUGAUACAAAGACACGAAUGGGCGGUGCUGCUCCACGAGGGGCUCACGCAGGCAGGAGUGCCUUUCAUAUUCAACGCUGAGACAUUCAAAUAUGAGGUAUGCGACACGCACGAGACACAGCGGACAUUUUUAUUGUGCGUUUUCUCUUGAAUGUUUGCUUCCAGUCGUCUGUUGUGUUUGGUGAGGCUGAGCUGACAUACUAUUCCAAGCGUUCGCAGGAACUCAAAGCCCUGUUCAAGGCCUUCAUCCGCUCGCAGACGGCGCCGCCUGACCGCCCAGAAAGCCCAAGCGAGGCUGCGUUCUCUCUCCAGUCAGCCAACCAGUGUGCUGUGCUGAAGAAGAAACACUCUCGACCUCUGCAUUUGUGUCUUUGUGUCUAGGCCGAUUUGCCACGUCCCAAACUUGAUCGAUCCCUCGUGGAUUGCGGAGCUCCAGACCGACAUCAAUGCACACAUUGAAGACACAAAGGUCCGCUAGCACUAAGCCAUCCAGUGGAAGAGUCAUCACUUCACUCCUCUGCUUGCUUUAUCUUUACACAGAAUCACAUGCGUCAGCAGAGGGAGUUUGCAGCGAUGCGUAGGGAGCGAGGUGAUUCCUACUCGUCCAGUGCAGCACUCGAAUCGGCCUGGGUAGACAUCCAUUCAUGGCGCGCACAUGCAUCAAUCGUCACUUCGCCUGUUCUUCCAGGUCCAGCCCCGGAAAAAGCUGCUCAAGAUGGUGGUGGGUGGCCUGGCCAGGCUUCACUCCGAGUGGCUCAAGGUCUCGCGCAAACGAUGGAGAAUCGCUGACAUUGCGGUAAUGAAAGCGACACAUCUUUGAAUUGAUCUCGCUCGUCCGUCCCUUCAUCUGGCAGACACGACGCUUUCUUGGCCGCCUCAUCUAUCUGAGCCAUCUCAACAACAAGGGCUAUGUUAAGCGAAAGCUGGAGGGUUUCCCCCACGGCGUCAGGGUGAUGAAACGGAGCGACAGCGCCACGUUCUUGCCGCUGCGCCGCACGCGGACGAUGGCCUUCCGGGCAGACGCGGACAUGUCACGGGCAUCAUCAAGGGAAUCAUCCGCCAGCUCCUCCACUGGCAUGCGAUUGAAGAGAAGCAAAACCAGCGCCGUCAUCGUCGAUGAAUCGUAUGCCCUCUCAAGACAUACAUGCGUUCAUCGCACCACACUGGGUAUGAGAUGCUUCUUGCGUCGAUGUGUGUCAGAGAGAAGGCUAAGUGGUCGCGUCAUUUCCAGACCACUGAAGGACGGGAGGAGGUUGAGAGCGCGGCGGCGGAGGACAGAAAGCAGGCGGCCAAAUCAUCACGUCUGAUUCCAUCGUCGAAAGGUCGCAAGGGCGAGUGGCUGUCAGAGCUGAGGAAGAUCAAGGCGAUGACGCGCUUGAUUAUCCGCCGCCGGCCAUCAGAAGUGCAAGCCAUACAGGAAGCCCAGCAGGCGCGGAACGAGGAGGUACGCAUGUCUCCUUCCUGUCUCGAUUUCUUCGUAUCGUUGUCUGUGCCACGAACAGGAGAAGGCCAAGUACCGGAACGACAACGAAAUGCUGCGACAGCGACUCCAGGACCUUGAGAACCUCAUGCAGCUUCAGGACGCUGCAUACCAGAAGAGGUUCGGCAAGCUGCGAGCCACAGCUAAGGUCGCCGUCGCAGCCGUCAACGUGCUCGCUCCCCGGACAUCAGAUGACAUCAGCCCCCGACAGAGACCCCUCCCAGAAACCAGCCCUCGGCAGACGGAGUCCGAGUCACGAGAAGAAACGCCAGAAAGGCAGCCAAUUGAUGAGGAGGUCGAUCAGGCCAUCAUGCGCCGGCUGUCUGUCCAACCCGUCUCUUCAUCAAGCAGCCGAGGCACGCGCUCUUCGAGAGAAGCACGUGAGCUGUCUCCACGCAGCCCGUCAUCCUCCAAAAGCUCAUCAGCAUCCGACCAUGCUAGCCGCGGGAAGGAGGCGGGAAGUGGCGACGCUGAGACAGGGCCUGCACCAGAAGCUGGUCGCAGCAGUGCGGAAGUGGAAGGCGAGAGGUCCCCCAAGGCAUUGAGGCAGUCGGCUCCUGAGAUUCGCCAUUCCCCUCGAGCGUCUUCGUCCGAGCAUCGUCCUGACAGACGCGCGAGCUCCAACUCGUCGUCAGCCUCUAGACGAUCGGUGGUAGGAGGCGGACUGGGCUACCAGCCGACAGCAGGCGUCAAGACGGUGGACAUCAGCAUGAUGAAGCAGCUUCGGAUGGUGGGAGCGGCCCCGGAGCGGAUCAUGGAAGUGGUGCUGGGUCGGCGAGAAGUGCGGCGCGGAGUCAUGGACGUAAGGAAGGCACGAAAGCUCAACAAGGCGAUGCAUCGAUACCUGGCAACGCGCUUCGAGCUGCUUAAGAAGCUGGUCCUGGUGCACGGGUCGGCGCAUCUUGUGGAGGUCCUCUGUGGGCUUGUCGGCCCGGAGACUCUCAAGACAGAGAAGGCGAUGAAGGAAGAGCGGAACAGGCUUGCCGCCACAUUAAAGACGAUGGAGAACCUGAUCAAGUGAGGCAGCUUUGCCAAUCAGCCUUUCCAUGUCGCGGAUCUCUUGUGUCUGUUCGCAUACAGCUUUUGGCGCGAUCGUGUGGCUCACGUGGCGGAGAGCACCCGCCAGCGGCGCACACUGAUGGGGGCGCUUGCCAGGACCCAAAAGGAGCAGACCCACCUGUACGCCAUGGACGAAGCUUACCAGAUGCUCGUCAGCUCAGCCGCAGGUCCCAGCCUACUGUCGUCCUCUCUCGGCUCGUCGAUGCCCACGACCUUCCGUCAGUCCGUGUGGCUACAAAAUGAGAUCUUCAAGCCCCGUGCAGCUGGAAGAACUGGCGGACCGGGUGUGGCGGCCCUGAACACUGACCUGAUGCUCUUCCCGGGCAUGGCCCGGCCUGGCAGUGCGCGCGAUGUCAGAGCAGAGACGCCUCCCGAGAUGAUGCGGCGUAGCUCCGGAGGCAGCAGCUCCGCCUCGAGCUCUGCCGAUGGAGACAUGGACAAGGAGGCGUCAGUCAAGAGGCGAGGCACGAAAUUGUGGGCUGACCUCCGCCUACAAGCGAUGAUGGAGGACAAGACCAUCGUAGAGACUUUGCAGGCAUCUGCGGGACAGUACACAAACGACGAGCUGCUCACGCUCAUCUCUACUCUCUCUUCGCUGCCUCGUGCAGCCGCUGCUACGGGCAUCUCCCUGUCAAAGCGCGCCUCUCUCCAGCAGUUCAUUGCAGAAGCCCAUGCUGUUCUCGUUUCUCGCGUGAGGCAGCAGGGUGGUGAGGCCAGGGGCCUCGUUAGGUCCUACAGUUAUGACGACCUCUCCCCAGCCAUGAGACCUCAGAGGGCCACCCCUACCCCUCCAGUCACAGUGCAUGGUCCGAGAGCACCACCCGACGACACGAUGUCAAGAGGCAUGGGUAGGGGGCGUCCCAGAGUGCGCCGCGGGGGGGCGUUGGCUGCUGCCAUUCGUGAAAGGCGGCUGGAAGAUGGAGCGGAGGACGUUGGAAUCGUCCGUAUGCUGGGAGAGGGGAGAGACGACGCGGUCAAAGAGGUGGGCUGAUCGAGGGGAGAGCCUUCCUACUGGUUGGCCUCACGUGUUGUGUGCUUUCAGGUUUCUGGUGGUAUGUCUCGCAAGGAGAUGCUCGCAAUCAUGAGACGGAGUCGAGCCGAGGGCGCUCAAGGAGCUGAAGCUGCGGAUAUGGAGGUGGAGGCUCUUGCUGUCUCGGGUGGGAGGGACCUCCCUACAGACCAUCCCAAACCCAAAUCCCCUCCAAAGCUCAAACGCGGGUAGACAUUCACGCCGAAACAAAGGCCACAAACACUUCCUACCUGCCUGUGCUCGCGAAUUUAGUGAGACGACCGUGAAGAUGCUCCGACAAGAGAAGUCUCGGCGUGAGGGAUGGAGGUCGGGCUCUCGCACGCCUUCAUCCUCUUCUUCCUACUCGUCAGCAUCGUCGUCGUCUGGGUCCUCGUCGUCGGCGUCCGCUUCGUCGCGGCGAAAGAAGAAACGCUUGAAGAAGCGGGGCACUGUCGUGGUCGAUGAAUCGGAGCAGGUAUCGGACGCCACUGGCGAUAAGACCAAGAUAACGGAGAGAUUACGGGAGAGGGUGAGAAUUCUGGAAGAGGACUUGGAAGAAGAAUUCAGACUCGUAAGCGGGGAAAGAUGCUUCUUUUCAAUACAUCAAAGCGUGUCCCGCAUAAUCAUGAUAUCACGUAUUCAGGAGAAGGAGGAAAAUCCCGUUCUGAUGUCCCGCCGUAUCCUUAUGAGCCUCGGCAAGAAGAAGCGGAGGAAGAAGGCCAAGAAGAAAGCUUCCCACCUGGUACCCCAGGCCGACGUCGUCCUCGCAGAGCAGAUCGCCGACCUGGAGGCCAAGCACGGCACGGCAACGGCACCUGCCUCGCCCGUCAUGCCCUCUCGGGGGCUGGGCAGCGAAGGGACGCUCACGACCGACUUCAGCGACACCGUGAGCAACGUAUCUAGCAUGGGACCGAGGCGCGGAGACGCCUCUUUCCGCAGUGUCAUGGCCAAAAGACGUGCAUCUCGCCGAGUGGCAUUGCAAAAGAUGCUCGCCGCCCCUCCGGAGAGGAUAUUUGAGGAAGAGAGUGAGGGCAUUGCGUCGAGCGCCAUCUCCGAAUCGAGCCGAUCGGUCGGCGUGCCUUCACAGCUAGCGUCGGAGCAACCCAUGUUCGAGGUCCGAGGCCAUGGGUCCUCCAGUGCUGAAGACAGCGACGAGAGCCCCUCGAACCGUGUCAAGUCUGAGCGAAAGGUGCAAAUGCUGCAGAGCCACGGCACCAUGGUGCCCAGCGCUGGCCCGAAGAAGCAACCCAUGCGUGUCAAGUUCGGCAAGACCCAGAUGUUUGGCGGUGAUGAGGGACCAAUCGAGCUAUCGUCGACAAAAGCAGCACCGUUCCAGCGUGGCUCAUCAGCGGAAGAGAAGCUUGACACGCAGAGUGUGGACGUGCACGUCGAGAAGGAGGAGACAGACAAGAGCCGCAUUUUCACGGGGAGCGCGGUCCAGAUGCGUCGCCAAAUGCGGAGGAUGGACACGCCGAAGGCGAUGGUGGACUUGCUCGAAGGCGGAAAAGUGCCGAUUGCGGACGCGUCGGGGCGAAGAGCCAGCAUCACCGUCAUGCACGCGCCACCGGCAGCAGAAGCUCCCGCCCCCGACGAGCAGUCACCUAUGCAACGCGGCGGGUCGAUGUGUGUUCUCACUCCCACAGCAGGCAAGGCACCGGUGGUUGCAGCCCCUCCUUCAGAGAGCGAAGCCGCGUCGGAGAUCCUAAUGGACUCGGGUUACCGGCGACGCCCUCUAAGAGUGCGGCUCCGCAAGCGGCCCAGGCAGGUGCGGGAGGCCCUCGUCCCGCCAUCCAAUCUCCUGUCUGAGUCGCUGCCCGUGAGUGAUUCUGAGGCCAUGCCACUGACCAGGCGGCAGAGGGCAUCACUGCUCGGCUGGCUGGGACGAAGGGGCCUGAGGGGCCAGGCGACACGGGACAUUCUGCCUGGCGGCUUCUACCUGCCGCACGCUGCCGAGGUCCGACGACGGAGGCGGGCGGCGAGGCAGCGCAAGAUGAGAAGGAGCGUGAGGGAAGACAAAGAAAAGGCAGAGGCGCCGCCGUUCAUCCGUCGGCUCGGAGACACAGACGAGGGAGACGAGAUGGCCGCACCAAUACAGAAGACAGUCGUUCGGGAGCCAGCGAGGGCCCCGCAACCACCUCAAGAGACACAGGAUGUCGGUGGCCUGAUCGAAGUUAUCAAAUCGGGUGUUCCCUCGAUGAAGACCAAGCAGUCGCCCCGGCCGUCCCCUCUGAUGCAGCCCCAGGAGCCCCUCUCCUCAGCCGAAGGCCCGCGGCCCCUGUCCGUCCACCUGUCGUCUUCCGAGGGCCCUCGUCCGGCAGCCCGGAGCACGGCGGCACAGCCGACAUCGAUCGCCAAGCUUCUUGCGUCGGGGUGGCUGCUCAGAACUGAGUUGGUGUCCGUUCCACCUGCUCCGCUGCCCGUGAGCUUGCCAUCAGCGGCACACCAGCACAUGCUGAGGAACCUAGCAGCUGAGAUACAACGGGUGGCUCCUGUCCGGGAGGAGAGAGAACAGAUCGUGGAGCAGGAUGGAGCGACACUCUCGCCCAUCGCUGGCAAAGGACUCGGCGUCUCGAGGUCUCCACCGCGAGUGCGCCAGCAGAAAAGACGAAAAACAGAAAUCGCUGCCACGCCUCGUGCUUCGAUCGAGUUGCAGCCUCCCUCCCUCCUCGAGCCGGCCCUCUACGCCCAAUCAGUCGAGCCACAACCCAAACGAGUUGGUCAUCCUCUUCGGCAGUUCACCACGGCUGUCAUCCCUGCCCAUGAUGACGAGGACACCUCCUACCUCACCCCUCUGAAGCAGCAGCGGCACUUGCGAGGAUGGCGCGUGUCGUUCCUGCAGCACACGCCUGUGAAGGGGACAUGGGGCAUGAGCGAGAUAGAGAAGGAGCGGCUUUUGCUGCCACCGAUAGCUACGAUGCGCAAGAGACGAGACAGGAGGAGCAGGACCAAAGAAUGGACGGGUGGCGUCGGCCUCUUUCCCUCUAAGAAGCGAAUGCGAGCCCUCGACUUCUGUCCCCCCCUCAACACAGAGUCUGACCAUGAGAAAGACCUGUUGCUGGAUUUGCAACGGAAGGCAGAGGAGCCGCCGCAAUCGUCAUCAGCCGACGAGACAGCGGUCUCGCCUCUGAAACGUCGACAUCGUGGCGAGGGCGUGAGCAGAGCUUUGGCAAGGCAUGUGGUGACUCCUGCUACCGCGGCCCCGCUUGCCGAUUCCUUCAAUGCUGUCGGCCCCACGGCAACAUCACUCUAUGUGCCGCCCCCGAAGGCCGCCACACAGAAGCCGCCACCAAUGAACACGGACGAAGCCAAUCCUGCGCCGGCAGCAGAUGUGCACCAGCAGCCCCCCACUCGUGUGAGCGACGAUCCCUACUUGUUCAUGAGCCUGGACAUCGCAGGCAUGCGGCCGCCAGUGACAGAGCCUCCUCUAGACCAAUCACCCAAGAAGCGACGCGAGAGACGUAAGAGCCCAUCAGUGAGGACAGAAGCGCCUCCCCCACGGAAUCAACAACAGGCCGACAUGGGCAUCCCGGAAGCUUCGACUCUGCAGCCGAUCCCGGAGCAGCCCCAGGAAGAAGCAAAGGACAUGAACAUCAAAGAUGAGCAACAGCGGGAGAAGAAGAGGAGACACAAGAAAGAGACGAGAGAGGCGUCCCGCCAGUCCGGCAACAGAUCGGCGACCAGUGAGAGAUCAACUCAACAGCGGAAGAAGGUUGGGACGCCGGCGACGCCCGACGAGCGGGCCGAGUCUCGCUCGUCGGCGUCUUCAUCGUCAGCCAACGUGCAGUCGAUGCCUGGUGUGAUUGUGGGCAACAAGGGGUCAUGGGUGUCGCCUGCAUCCACCGGGGAGACGUUCAAGCCGGCCACAACCAGAUAGACAAACGGGCAAUGGGUGUGGGGGUGUAUGGUAUGGUGUG